AUGGAAACUGAAAAUCGAAUGAAGCGUCGUCGCCUGAAUAAAAAAACAUUAUCACAAGGUUUGGCAAAAUGGUCGUCAAAAAGUAGCAUUUCUCAAAGUAAUUUAAAGGAACUUUUGAAAAUUCUCAGAAGGCAUGGUCAUUCAGAGUUGCCAAAAGAUGGAAGAUCCCUUUUAAAAUCCUCUAAAGUUUUUACAGUAGAUAGGAAGUGGGGCGGAACUUAUGCAUAUUUUACCAUUGCUGAUGGCUUAAAUUAUUUUUUGAAUUCCAAAAAAGAUUCUCAAAAUACUGAAUUAUCUGUUGCUGUUAAUGUUAAUGGACUACCUCUUUUUAAAUCUUCUAAUCUUCAACUAUGGCCAAUACUUGGUUUAAUAGAGAACUAUAUUUUUAUAAUUGCACUUUUCUGUGGGAAUGGUAAACCAACCUGCUUAGAUGAUUUUCUCUAUGAUUUUAUCAAAGCAUUUUUAUUUUUAUCUAAUGAAGGUUUAUACUACAAUAAUAAAAAAAAUAAUGUUAAACAUAAAGCAUUCAUAUGUGAUGCACCUUCUCAUUGUUUUCUUAAAUGUAUACAAGGUCAUACAGGAUAUUACUCUUGUGAAAGGUGCCAAAUUCAAGGAUUAUAUGAGGAUCAUAGAGUGGUUUUUAUUGAUGACAACCUAUCAACUCCAAGAUCAACUGAGGAGUUUAAUACCUUUUUGUACACUAAACAUCAGAAAUCUCUUUCUCCUUUAGCUCAACUUCAAAUAUCUUGUGUUUCUGAUUUUAUUUUAGACUAUAUGCACAUGGUUUGUCUUGGAGUAGUAAGACGCAUACUUACCUUUUUAAAGUCAGGUCCUAAACAUUGUAGACUUUCAAAUACCCAAAUAAAAAAAAAUAUCUGCUAA